CGGCGCGUUCCGACGAGCAGGGGACCCGGCUGACUCGGCCGUGAGGGAGCUCCCGGCGGCUGCAGGCACCCUUCGGUACGGCGAUGCGGGAGUGCUGGAGAAGCGCCUCGUACAGCAUCUCCGUCCUCCGGGAACCCGCCAGCAUCAUCGCAUACCGGUGAAUUUAAGGUGCUUCAUGACCGCCUAGUCUCCUCUGCUUUCAGGAUGCCAUUGCUUAGCUACAGCAUAAAAGCUGCUGAUUUGACUCGAGCAAAAAUUACCUAGAACUUUGGGGAUCAUGUAAGCCAGCCUUUAGCUCUGAAGGAGAAAUAGUCUACCUGGAGAUAUUUAUUUGAAAUAUUCACAGACCAUCUAGUUAAGGAAAUUUCAAUUUCUCAAAGCUCCAGUCUAACUAAAGCCCUCCAUAUAUAGUGUCCUGGGUGCUAACAGAGGAGUUUGCUGGAUUCAUCAGUCAGGCUGUAGGUGGGGCAGAAAUCACAAGUCUUAUACAGGAAAAGGUAGACAAAUGAUGAAUCACUUAAUGAUUCUGGCAGUACUUCUCCCCCUGAGGACGAGCUACAGUACAUACUCACAGCAAGAAUCCGAUGUGUUUCCAGUAACGUACCUUAAUGUUUCCAAGGAUUUGGAUCUUCAACGGCUGCUGGUGGAAUGGGAUGUUGUCAAGUCAGCACAUGAUGCUGAGUUGGCAAUAUCUUUUGAGAUACAAGUCCGUCGAACUGAUGAAGCUACUACUGUGUGGACAGAAUUUCAAAAUGUCACACUUGAUAAAUUGGGAAAGCCUCUUCAUUGGACAUGGGAUUCAGACAUACCUUUGGAGUGUAUGUCACAUGCUGUGAGGAUCAGGAGCAAGGCCAAAACAUCAAAAAUCUGGAGUCAGUGGAGUUUGUGGGAGAUUCUUCCGGGCCUGGACACUUCAAAUAUAAGUGGACCACAAAUCUUUCCAAAAGAAAAAAUUUUAGCAGAAGGCUCUAAUAUCACUCUUUGCUGCAUAGGAGGGAAAGGUCAAACCAUUAAGGAAUUCACUGUAUUCCCAAGUGUUGAUGUUUUCAAGCACACAAACAGUCAAGUCAGAUUUCUCACUGUGGAAAAUCUGUCACAUGACAAAGGGUCUAACAUUCAUGUCUACUGUUAUGAUGAGGAUAAACGGUCACAUGAAGCAGCUUUCUUUGUGGGUAAACCGCCUGACACACCUAAAGAUUUUUCCUGCCAAACUCAAGACAUGAAAAGAGUAACAUGUACUUGGAGAGAAGAAGAGACCUAUCUCUAUGGAAAGAAUUCACCACGCUAUACCUUGUCUAAAACGUCAUCCCAGAAAAUGGCUCUGUGCAAAGCAAGUUGUUCUAAGCAGUGCUCAUGCUCUUGGAAUAUAGGCCAGCAGUGGAUCUGGAAUGUCACAGUGACUGUGGAAAACCCACUGGGAAAGAAAACUGCCACAGAUGUUUUUGAUGUAAAUCACAGAAUGUAUCCCACUGCACCUUUCCAGGUUUGGGAAGAUUGCACAGAUACAGAAAUGACAUUACACUGGAAUUAUGAAAACAAUGAAAUUGAUCUCUUUUGUCAGACUGAAGUGCUCCAACCUGAUGGCAAAGUAGAACUGCACAACAGCUCCAUUGCGGACUCAAGGCGCAUCACAGUGCGUGGGCUGCAGCCGUACUCAGAGUACACGGCCAGGGUGCGCUGCGGAGCGGCCAAACACUUCUGGAGGUGGAGUGAGUGGAGCCAGCCCCUGACCACCAGAACAAAGGAAGGAACUCCAUCAGGAAAACUGGACAUAUGGAGAGAAAUUACACCAGUUCUCAGGGGACGAAAUGUGACCUUGUUCUGGAAGCAAACACCAAGUUUUCAAGCAAAUGGAAAAAUUAUUUCAUAUGAAGUAACCUUGGAAAAAAUAGAAGAUGGCUCCCAGCCUGAAAGCAUCUCCUUUUCUUCAAUCUACAAUAGCACAAGGAUUUUCAUUGAUAGCCAUUCCUACAGAAUCAGUAUUGUGGCAAAGAACAAUGUUAAUUUUUCACUUCCUUCAGUAUUGAUCAUCUCUAGAGCUACAGAUAACAGCACUGAAGAGCUUAAGGAAGGACAGGUUAAUGGUACAGAUGAUGGCAUUUUUAUCUCCUGGGAGCCCAGAAGUAUAUAUGACAGUUACAUUAUUGAUUGGUGUAACUUUCCCAGGUUGCAGCCUUGUGAUUUGCAGUGGAAGAGAUUUGGACCCAACACUUCCAGUACUGUGAUCAGCUCAGCUGCUUUUGUUCCGGGGGUGAGAUACAAAUUCCGCAUCUAUGGCUCUGUUGCUAAUAGAGCAUCCUUACUGGAAAAGAAGAUUGGUUAUCUUCGGGAGCUGCCUCCUUUUCUUGACCCUAUUGUGAGAAAAGUUGACCUGACUUACAAUUCAGUAACACUGUCUUGGGAUUCUUAUCUCACAAAUGAGUCAGAGCCUGGUUUUGUAAGAGGCUACCAUGUUUAUGUAUCACCUAUACAAGGGAACUGCAAUUUGAAAGGAUCAAAAAAGCACAUUCUUUCAGAUGAAUCAGAGCUAUGUAAAUACACAAUUGAAAACCCAGAAGAAAAGAGAUACACCGUGAAACACCUGAUACCAAACACAAAAUACAAAUUAGUGGUUAAAGCAUUUACAGGUGGAGGAGAGACUCCCAUUGUUAACUUCAGAUACAUAGAUACACCAUAUAAUUCAAACAUGCUGUACUUUGUAUUCCUGCUAGUGAUAGUUCCAACCCUAGUAGCAGCUAUAUGCCACUGGAAGAUGAAGUGGGUGAAGGAGUGCUGCUGUCCUGUAAUACCUAGUCCUAACAAGAGCAAAGUGCUGUCAUUCAAAGAGUUUAAGAUUGAUUCUGAGAAAGUGCUGAAGAUAAAUGACUGCCUUCCUGACGUGCUAGCCAUGGACAGUAAUGUUGAAGCUCAUAAAUUGCAUCCUGUUACCUGGAGCCCAUUAUCUUCAACACCAACUGAAGAUAAGAUUGAUGGUCACAAUUCUUCCUGGAUUUACCCUAGUGAAAAUGUAGCAAGGGACUUUCCACCCAUUCCUACACCUCAAACUCAUACUUGUUUUGAGAAUUUUGCUUAUUCUUCUCCACUUGAGGCUGAAUCUGAUCCCUACCAAAUACCGGAGACACUGGAAGCAGGCAAGACAAAUCAGGCAGUGGUGCUGUACCAGCCACAAUGCUACAUAGAUAUUUUUCAUGAGGACACAGCCUCAACAGAGAGAAAGAACAGUCUGAAAUACAUCUCACAAACAGAUGCAUGCUGGCUGGGGGGGAGGCUUUGAUGUUCUGUCCUCCAGUGAGUCAAUUCAGUGUUUGGCUACACACUAUAAGUAAGAAUUUCUAAAGCCACAACUUCUUCUGAUUAGGGUUCUCACAAGCCCAGAUGCCUGACUUCAUUAAUAACAGCAAAGCUGUUGUUUCUGGACUAGUUUCGAGUACUGAUUUACACAGGAAUUACGUGUGUUAUGGUUCCAUUACAACUUACGGGCAUUAGAUGAGAUUUAUAGGCUGGUUUGUGGCUUGUGUUCUGUGUACUCUGGCCACUCCAGCCAGUGGGUACUGUGCUGCUGGGCAUGCAGCAUUACCUGGUCAUUUUGGGGGCUGGGUUGUAUUUUCUCUUUCUCCAACAAUGUAAGAAAUCAUUGUAGAAAUGUUAUCUGCACACAGUGUGGCUCAUUCCUAGAAGAUUUGAAGGAACUUUUACUUACCCAGGAGUGCUGCCCAGAGCACCCAAAUCCAUUGAUCAACCUUCUACUUCACCUGUGUCCUAACUACACUUGAUGUGUGAAAGAGCACAGAAAACAGAUUUUUAGAGGGAUUUUUUAUUUUUACCCUGCUUCCAUAUUUUUUAAUUGGGGCUUCUCACACUUCUGCUUUCUCUGCCUAAAGACCCUUUAAAAUUGUCUUAACUGUACAUUGAAGAGAUGUAGGGAGUUAGGUGGAAAGGAGUUAAUUUUCCAGAAGGAUAGAGCUGGUACCACAUGGCAUGGUCUCUCUGCUGGUGCACGUGACCUGAACUUUUGGCAUUGACCCCUGUACUUCCAUAGCAAGCCCCAGCCAACCAACCAACCAGACAGGCUGGUAGGAAGCACAGGUGUCUGAAUCCCAUUUGUCAAGGACACCAUAUUCAGCCUGCAUACAUCUAGAUCUCCCAACACUACUUUUGCAUGUGUUAAAAAAACAAAAAAAAAAUAUUUAUUAUAACACUCGGAAUCGUUACAGUAGACAGCAGUGAAUUUGGCCUUUCAUUUUGAUUUCAGGAAAUGGUACAUUUGUAAUGAAGCAGCACAGUUGGAAUUGUAGCUGAAAGUCUUAUCCGAUUUACUUCAGUGCACAAGGAACCCUUUGGUUUUACCUCCUUAGGCUGUUUAGAAUCUGUCACAGAGAGAUGGUUUCAACUUAACACAGCAUUAGCAGUUCUCAAAGGUGAAACAAAUGAAGAGUGUCUGACAAUUUGAUAUUCAGCUUGUUUGCUAAAAUGCAGUUACUUCCCUUCCCUGUGUUUAACUAGGCUAAUCACACUCCUAGAAACCAAGCAGCUGCAGACAAAGUGAGUUCUGAUACUGAACCACAUCUAAUUUUUACACUGUUGCUUACAGAUACUGUUGUCACAAGCUGUGUUGCAACAGGAAAACCAGUAAGACCUUGCACAGCCUGUGGGCUGAGACAAGCACUGCCUGUAAACAGAGGGAGAAGUCUUCAGCCAGGAAAAGGGGAGGUACAAAGAUACACAGAGAUGGGCAGAUGUGGUUGGAGGCAUUCAGUCCACACCAUGCCAUGUCCAUCUGUGUGCUGUGCACAGGUGCAGGUGGCUCACAGACUUGAGAAGUAGAGAAGAGUUUGCAGCAUGGUCCUUCCUUUCAGCCUCCAGCCAGCCGAGUAAGGAAACAUGGCCGGGCACAUUCUGCUGAAGGGCAAGAGAACAGGGAGGGUAAGGGAGAAGGCUGAUUUGACAGAUACAUCCCAGAGAAACUUCCUCCCUUUAUCUUAGCCUCUUUGAGUAACAAUGCAUGUGAAAGCUUGAUAACACAGUAUCUUUACAGCUUGGAACAUUUGCUUCUCCAGAAUGCUUCAUCACAUUGCAUGUACUUGAGUAGCUUAAAAGCUUUACUACUAGAAAAAAGGCCAAUAAACAUAAGGGAGCUGCUUUGUCAAAACCAAUACAAAACUUCUGAGCUGUACAUUUCAGAAAAAGGUGUAUUUAUUCUAAAAUGUUGAAAAGGUAUCCUAAAUCAAGAACUAAGGAAUUCAGAUCUAGACAUCAGUCAAAGAAAUCAGAGUACUGUACAAAGCAUUUUGAAUUUUGACAUUGCUGCAGUUCCUUCUGCCAAGGGGACAGCUGCAACCUGGCACAACUCCCAGCUUUGAAAAAGCUGCUGUCUCUGAGGCCUGGCUACAGCAAUCCCACCCAGGAAGUGAAUGAAGGGGUUUGUGGGUUCAGCCAGUUGUACCUUCUGAUGGUGGGAUAAGACAUAUGGGCCUGGCCAUUCCCAGGGAGAUCCUCCUGGUCUGAUGGCAUUCCAUUAUAUGGACUCAGUGACAUACUUGACCACAUUCGAGAUCACUGGGUGAUGGAAGGAGAAGUCAGCUCCUCUUUACCUAUAAAACCUUCUGUUUCCUGGCUCCAAUGGGUGGUGCUUUGUGAAACCUGUGCAUAAAAAGCACAAAAGUGGAGGAUUCCAGGAAGGAUAAUGCCUCUGUGCCAGUCAAAGGGCACAGUCGGGGCACCAGAACUGAAGAUUAGAGAAGUAUUUUGGCAUAUGUGGAGGUGUAUAAUUUUUAUAUAUUAAAACAUCCAUUUGGCAUUAAUGGUUGAACGAGUUCAAAACUGUAAUCCUCCUUUUUUUUUUGUUCAUAAUGAAACUGUCACAGCUGUUGUUGAAAUGGUAAUACUUAAACCAUCACAUAAUUAAACAUCAUUCUCAUAAUUAUUUUUAAAAUAAAAAUGGUGUGUGAACUAUUAAA